AUGUUUAGAAACAAUUAUGACAACGACUCCGUCACAUUUUCGCCCCAGGGCCGAAUAUUUCAAAUUGAAUAUGCCGCCGAGGCCGUGAAGCAAGGAUCCGUUGUUGUCGGUAUCAGAAACGCCGAAGAACUGUCCUCCUAUCAAAAGAAGCUCUUCUCCAUCGACGAGCAUACCGGCAUCGCCAUUGCAGGUCUCACAUCUGAUGCUCGCGUCCUGUCCAACUUCAUGAAGCAGCAAUGUCUCGGUCACCGCCUUACGUACGGUCGCGCCAUCCCGCUACGCUCUCUCGUCGACAUGAUUGGCGAAAAAGCCCAGACCAACACCCAAGUAUACGGUAAGCGGCCGUACGGUGUCGGCCUGUUGGUUGCUGGCGUAGACGAACGGGGCCCUCACUUGUUUGAAUUCCAGCCAUCAGGAAUGACCGAAGAAAUGGUUGCAUUUGCGAUUGGUGCCCGAAGCCAGAUGGCAAGAACAUAUUUGGAACGCAAUGUCGAGUCCUUUGCAGAUUGCUCGAGAGAGGAGCUGGUCAAGCAUGGUCUCAAGGCACUGCGGGAGAGCUUAGUGCAGGAUAAGGAGCUGACCGUGGAGAACACAUCUGUCGGCCUGGUCGGUGUACAAGGGGAAGGGAUGAAGAGCAUCGAACCGUUCAAGCUGUAUGAGGAGUUUGAGGUCAAGCAGUGGAUUGACAGUGUCGGCGAGAGUCAAGGAAGUGGUGAAGGCGAGGAAGGCAUGGAUAUUGACGGCUAG